CAGAGCUGAUCUAACGAGAGCCUCUGCGUUUUUAACUGUGAUUAUUUUUAACAUGUGUCGACUCCAUAUGAUGUCCGCUGUUUUGUGAACAGUGCCCGUUUGGUGGUUGUGGUCGCGUCACGCGUGGAUAAGCAGAAGACCAUGAUUUUGUCGGGUUUCCUUUUCCCCGCGCUAUGGGGACUGGCGCUCGGCGGAUCUCCAAGCGUCCAAAUCGGUGGCCUGUUCCCGAGAGGAGCUGAUCAAGAGUACAGCGCGUUUCGGAUCGGAAUGGUUCAGUUCGGCACGGCUGAAUUUCGCCUCACUCCUCACAUCGAUAACCUAGAGGUGGCCAACAGCUUCGCCAUAACAAAUUGCUUUUGCUCCCAGUUUUCCAGGGGAGUGUAUGCCAUCUUUGGCUUCUACGAUAAGAAAUCGGUGAACACCAUCACGUCAUUCUGUGAAACGCUGCACGUGUCCUUCAUCACGCCCAGUUUCCCAGCCGACGGAUUCAACCAGUUUGUCCUGCAGAUGAGGCCUGAUAUCAAAGGGCCUCUCAUCAGCCUGGUGGAAUAUUACAAGUGGGAGAAGUUUGCCUAUCUGUAUGACAGUGACAGAGGCUUGUCUACCCUGCAGGCAGUGCUGGACACAGCAUCAGAGAGGAAGUGGCAGGUAACAGCCAUUAACGUUGGAAACCUGAAGGAUGAGUGGAAAGACGAAGCAUAUCGCUCCCUCUUUCAGGACCUCGAAAACAAGAAAGAGAGGAGAGUCAUCCUAGACUGUGAGCAGGAUAAAGUCAAGGACAUUAUGGAACAGGUCAUAACAAUUGGUCGACAUGUGAAAGGAUAUCAUUACAUCAUUGCUAAUUUUGGCUUCGUGGAUGGAGAUUUGUCCAAGAUUCAGUAUGGGGGAGCAAAUGUGUCUGGAUUUCAGAUUGUGGAUUUUGACGAUCCGCUUGUUGCUAAAUUUGACCAGCGUUGGGAGGCACUGGAGGAGAAGGAGUACCCUGGAGCAGACAGCAGAAUCAGGUACACUUCUGCUCUCACAUAUGAUGCUGUGCAAGUAAUGACAGAGGCAUUCCGCUUCCUGCAUAAACAAAGAAUUGACAUUAGUCGCCGUGGCAACAACGGAGACUGCCUGGCCAAUCCUGCGGUGCCCUGGGCCCAGGGGGUGGAGAUAGAACGUGCUCUCAAACAGGUGCGUGUGGAUGGAUUGACUGGAAAUAUUCAGUUCGAUCAAUAUGGCAGAAGGGUGAAUUACACAGUCAAUGUGAUGGAGCUGAAGAACAGUGGCCCUGUGAAGAUUGGUUACUGGAAUGAGGUGGACAAAAUGGCAGUCACAAAAUCCGACCUUUUUCCCAAUGACACUAUGGGAAUGGAGAACAAAACAGUUGUUGUGACAACAAUCCUGGAAGCACCGUAUGUAAUGCUGAAAAAGAAUGCAGAGUUAUUCACCGAUAAUGAUCGUUAUGAGGGAUACUGUGUGGACCUGGCCGCAGAGAUAGCAAAACAUUGUGUGUUUAAGUACCAGCUGAGGAUUGUGGCAGAUGGAAAAUAUGGCGCACGAGAUGCUGAGACCAAGAUCUGGAAUGGCAUGGUUGGGGAACUGGUGUAUGGGAAAGCAGACAUUGCUGUAGCUCCUCUAACCAUAACUCUGGUCAGAGAGGAGGUGAUUGACUUCUCUAAACCUUUCAUGAGUCUGGGAAUAUCCAUUAUGAUCAAGAAACCGCAGAAAUCCAAGCCGGGUGUCUUCUCCUUCCUGGACCCAUUGGCCUACGAGAUCUGGAUGUGCAUUGUAUUUGCCUAUAUUGGAGUUAGCGUUGUGCUCUUUCUUGUUAGCCGCUUCAGUCCUUACGAGUGGCACACUGAAGAGUUUGAGGACGGGCAACUGGGGCCUAGCGAAUCUACGAAUGAGUUUGGCAUCUUUAAUAGUCUCUGGUUUUCUCUGGGCGCUUUUAUGCAGCAGGGAUGCGAUAUUUCGCCAAGGUCCUUGUCUGGCCGUAUAGUUGGUGGUGUGUGGUGGUUUUUCACCCUCAUCAUUAUCUCCUCCUACACGGCAAACCUGGCUGCUUUCCUCACUGUGGAGAGGAUGGUGUCACCUAUUGAAAGUGCUGAAGACCUGGCCAAACAGACAGAGAUUGCCUAUGGAACACUGGAUGCAGGCUCCACCAAAGAGUUCUUUAGGAGAUCUAAGAUUGCUCUUUUUGACAAGAUGUGGCAGUACAUGAAGAGUGCGGAGCCUUCUGUGUUUGUUAAAAACACAGUGGAAGGUGUUUUGCGUGUCCGAAAGUCCAAAGGCAAAUAUGCUUACCUUCUGGAGUCCACUAUGAAUGAGUACAUCGAGCAGCGCAAGCCCUGUGAUACCAUGAAGGUCGGAGGGAACCUUGACUCUAAAGGCUACGGCAUCGCUACACCCAAGGGAUCUGCUUUAAGAAACGCGGUAAACCUUGCAGUGCUAAAACUGAACGAGCAGGGGCUUCUGGAUAAAUUGAAAAACAAAUGGUGGUACGACAAAGGAGAGUGCGGCAGCGGAGGCGGGGAGUCAAAGGAGAAGACUAGUGCUCUCAGCCUGAGUAACGUUGCGGGAGUCUUCUACAUCCUGGUGGGCGGUCUUGGGUUGGCUAUGCUGGUCGCUCUGGUGGAGUUUUGCUACAAGUCUCGCGCAGAGGCCAAGCGCAUGAAGGUUGCCAAGACUCAGGCUCUAAAUCCCUCCUCUUCCUCGCAGAAUUCUCAGAAUUUUGCUACUUAUAAGGAAGGGUACAACAUGACGUUCACAGAUGCUAUGCGCAGUAAGGCCAGGUUGUCUAUAACAGGCAGUACAGGGGAGAAUGGGCGAGUGCUGUCUCCAGACUUCUCUAAAGCCGUCCAUGCUGUGCCGUACCUGAGACCUGGCAUGGCAAUGCCUCUGAGUGUGAGCGAGCUGUCCUGAGUGCCUUACAUACACACACACACACACACACACACACACUAACACACUUACAUACACUGUUGCAAGCAUGCUUUACCCCCAGUUUCAUACAUAUCCACACGUGUGUACAUAUUCUGACACAUUUACACACACAACACAAUAUAUACACAUAUAAAUGCUUAAUUACUCAAUAUACAACGAAUCACAAAUACCAUCUACGCACAGGAUGUCAGAUCUAUAUUGUACAUGAACAUAUUCAUGCAAAGACACAGUUUAACAGAGGUUAUUUUCUUUCUGUUCAAUGCAUUUGUAUUUUGAACAUUGUUGAUGUGUACAGUCAACAUUUACAUGCAUAAUAACAAGUUGACAGGCAGACACAUAAAGAUAAACCGGUACUUUGCUAUGUGUGCAUAUGCAUACAAAAUCCACAAACCUUGUGUUGGCACACUGCUAUCACGUUUCAUGUUGUAUACAUUUUACAUAACUGCUUUUCAAGCAUAUGCUCACAAUAUAACCUCAUUUCACUCAUAUAUUCACACACAAACAGACUUACCCGACUGCUUCAGUUUUCAUCAACAUUUUUCACAUUGUAAGUGAUGACAUGCAAUGCUGCACUGAGGAACAACUGUACACAUUGAAAAUCAUUUCUAUGGCAAGAAUUCCACAUCUGUUUCCAUAGCAACAUGUUUUUGGAAUCUCUGAGUCUCAACAACUCAAGCACACUUGAAACAUCUGCAUCAAAUGUGAUUUUGUUUACUGGAUGAACAUGAUGAUAUAUAAAUAUAUAUAUAUAUAUAUACUGUAUAUAUAAAAAGUUUGACUAGAAUCAUUUAUUAUUAUAUGACCUAUGUAUAAUAAAUGAUGUAUAUAAUUAUACUUUUGUUAAUUUGAUGUUAUUGUUACCAUGAAAAUGCUUGACUUAAAGAAAAAAAAAAGUAUUUGAGUAGAUUUUUCUUCUCACUGGUUUGAUUUGUUAAAAAUGUGAUGUUGAUAUUUUAUCACUGUGUUCUGAUCCUGUUUUUCUUGCCUAUGGAUGAUGCAAGCAGAAGUUUUAUACUGUAACUCUGCCAAUUUAAAAAAGAAAAAAAAAACGUUAAAGAAUAGUUACCUUCUGCAUUUCACAUUUCAGAUGGUAUUUUAGAAGUGUUUAUUGAGAUAUUGAUUCAAAUGGAAAUGUAUAUGAAUAUAUUAACUUCAUAAUAUAUUAUUAUACCCCAGAAUGCCAAAUAUGAAUGUGUGCCAAACAGUGUUGGGUGUAAUGCAUUACUAAGUAAUUAAUUACGGUAAUUAAAUUACUUUUUCAUUGAAAAAAGUAAGGGAUUACUCUUAAUUUUUCAGUAAUUACAGUUACUUCUGAUGUAAUUGUGUUAAAUACUGUAUAGACUAUAGAGCAAUUCUAUAUAAAACAACAGUGAAUUUAAAAUCGAAAUUUAACGUCUAAUGUUAAAAUAUAUGUUUUGUAAUUUAACGCAGCCCCCUUAAAUUCUUUGGCCAGUUCAUGAGGUAGAGGUUGAUCAGGGUUUUAGAAAGUAAUUAGUAAUAAGUAAUGCAGUUACUUUUCAGACUGAGUAAUUAGUACAGUAAUCUAAUUACACUGUAGAAGAUGUAAUUAGUUGUUAGUAAUUAAUUACUUUUUUAGUGUAACACCCAACACUGGUGCCAAAAUAUGUCAAGGCAUUACAGAUGCAUUUGUUAAUAUUUUGUGUCUGUAUGGGAAAAUGUAAAGACUGAACAUCAACACCCUACACUCAAAAGGGUGUGUGAUUUAUCUUUUGACCUUUCUUUUCUUUUUAAUAUCAAACACAUUGUAUUUUAAAUGAGGUGCACUAUGAUAUGCAGUUUAACUGUGAAACGCAUGACGACCUUAAGUUAUCCUUGUUUUUAUAAAAGCGAUGAUUAAGAUGAGUAUACCACUAAUAUUUUUUGACUAGAACUUUAAUUUACGUAGUGAAGUUAUGACAUGAAGGCUAAGAGAUGGAGACAAUUACAGAUAGAUAUAUUGAAAAUGAAACUGAUAAAGUAUAUGCCAAUCACCCUUUUCUAUGCCAUGCUGUGUAAUUGAAACAUUGUUCAUUAGUUUUAUAUGUAUAUGUACUGUAUGUGUAAAUAGAAACCAUUCAUUUGUAUAACUAAAUCUUGGAUGAUACACCAAUGUACACAGACACACACAAGAGGAUUGCUCAUAUUGUGCAUUUGGGAGUAUGUUUGGGAACAUACUCUAGUUUUCUGUGCAAAACCUGAGCAUAUAGUGCCAAGCUGUCUCUCACACACCGCCACACAAAUGGACUCGUCAUCACUUGCAUAAUUUGAGUUGGAGAGUCUGCCAUGGGAUGAAAUGGAGGACAUUUUUCUAAAUGGAAUGUGGAAUGAUUGCUUUAUUUUUUGGAAUCUUUUGGAAUAAACAGAGACUGAGAAUCCUC